UUCAGUCUAAGGGCUGGGGCUGAGGGAGAGAGGAGCAGGAGGGCCCAGUUAGGCUCUAAAGAAAAAACAGUACCGUUUUGCACUUAUGGCGUUGAUGUAGUAACUGAAAUUACAACAACAACUGUGUCCUUUUUCUGUUUUCGUGGAAGGAAAAGGACCUACAUUUUGUACUGAAAAGUCGCCCGUUUUUUUUUCUUUAGGAGCUUUGAGUAGCUGAGUGAGUGACAAUGGAGAUGAAAAGAUGGUCCACAAGGUGGAAAACGAAAAGGUGGCUGUGGGACCCCACUCUAACCACCAUCGUCACUAUCACUUUCCUUCUGCAAGCCGUCAAUGUUAAAGCAGCUGACCCAGUGGAUGUACUCAAGGCUCUGGACUUCCACAGCUCUCCGGAUGGCGUCCGUAAAGUCACGGGCUUCUGCACUCACCGUAGAGGAUCUAAACCUGACAUAGCCUUCCGCGUAGGAAAACAGGCGCAGAUCAGCGCUCCCAGCAUGCAACUCUUUCCAGGAGGAGCGUUCCCAGAGGACUUCUCAGUGAUGUUCACCAUCAAGCCCAAGGCAGGCAGACAGUCCUUCCUGCUGUCUGUGUAUAAUGAGCAGGGGGUCCAGCAGCUGGGUGUGGAGGUGGGACGCUCCCCUGUCUUCCUGUACGAAGACCAACAUGGGAAACCUUCCCCAGAGGAUUACCCACUGUUCAGAUCCAUCAACCUCGCUGACGGCAAAUGGCAUCGCGUGGCCAUCAGUGUGGAGAAGAAGAGUGUGACCAUCAUUGUGGAUUGUAAGAAGAAGCUGAGCAGGCCACUGAAGAGGAGCGACGGGGCAGCCAUCAACACUGACGGCAUCACCGUGUUCGGAACCAGGAUUCUGGACGAAGAGGUCUUUGAGGGUGACAUCCAGCAGCUGCUGAUUGUGGCCGACCCGCGGGCAGCGUAUGACUACUGUGAACACUACAGCCCCGACUGUGAAACGCCUCACCAGGAGCAGCCACAGGCACAGGAACCAGAGGAUGAGUACAAUUCAUACGACCUAGAGUACAGUGAGGUCUAUGACUACAGUGAAGGAGGAGUGGCCACUGAAUCUGCCCCAACCGAAGGAGCACCUGCACCUGAGGCAGAUGCUGUGGUUGCAGAUGCUGUGGAUGGAGAUGCUGUGGAUGGAGAUGCUGUGGAUGGAGAAUACACAGGCUAUGACUAUGGCACGGUGGACAUCGCUCAACCGGCUGAGAACCCUACAGACUCAACCGCUCCAAUGAACUAUGACGAGGAAAUAGUUGAUGAUUACAUCACAGGCGUGGAGAAGGUUGGCGCCGACCCUACGGCUGCCGCAGAAACCGGCUCAGACACCAAAGGUCCCGACCCCGGCGAGAACUCGUACGAUUUUAAGGAGUAUGAUCUGAAGGAAUAUGGUGACACUAAGGAGAUCGAUAUGAAACAGACGUACGAGUAUGGGGAUUAUGGAGACUAUGGCACUGGCGAGGCCAGACCCACCGCCUCUGUCUCGGCCUAUGAGGAUGAGUUUGGGCCGGGCAUACCCGCUGAGACCGAGACAGAGUCUAGUAUGGGAGGAGGAGGAUAUGGUGGUGAGAAGGGAGAGAAAGGAGAACCCGCCAUCGUUGAACCUGGGAUGCUGAUUGAAGGACCCCAAGGAGCCCCCGGCCAAGCUGGCCUCCCCGGCUCCCCAGGCUCACAGGGUUCCCCUGGCCCACACGGAGAUCACGGUGACAGGGGUCCUCCAGGACGGGCUGGUAUUCCUGGUUCGGAUGGAGUUCCUGGUCCUCCAGGUACCAUCCUGAUGCUGCCAUUCCGUGCUGGUGGAGAGGCACAUAAGGGACCAGUGGUCUCAGCUCAGGAGGCCCAAGCCCAGGCGAUCCUUUCCCAAGCCAGGCUCACCAUGAGGGGUACCCCUGGGCCAAUGGGAAUGUCAGGAAGAUCUGGGCCUGCGGGUGGACCAGGAGCUAACGGACUGAAGGGAGAUGGAGGAGACAACGGACCUCAGGGUCCCAGAGGUCUGCAGGGUCCAACUGGCCCACCUGGGAAGGCAGGAAAGAGGGGCCGUAAUGGAGCUGAUGGUUCCAGGGGUAUGCCAGGAGAGUCGGGGGGUAAGGGGGACCGAGGAUUCGACGGGUUACCAGGUCUCCCCGGAGAGAAGGGACACAGGGGUGAGCUGGGUUCCAUCGGCUCUCCAGGUGCUCCAGGAGAGGAUGGGCAGAGAGGCGAGGACGGUGAGAUCGGACAACGUGGUCUGGCAGGAGAGAGCGGACCUAGAGGUCUGCUUGGCCCUAGGGGAUCACCAGGGACUGGUGGACAACGUGGUCUCGCUGGACUGGAUGGCCAAGCUGGUCCCAAAGGAAACCAGGGCACACAAGGAGAGUCGGGGCCUGCCGGACAGCAGGGGAUCCCUGGAUCACAAGGUCUUGUUGGUCCUCAAGGCCCGAUCGGACAGCCUGGUGACAAAGGACCGUCAGGUCGUCAGGGAUUGGCUGGUCUGGCUGGUGCCGACGGUCCUCCCGGUCACCCAGGGAAGGAGGGUCCUCCGGGAAUGAAAGGAGGCGUCGGUCAUCCUGGUCCUCUGGGUUCUCUUGGCUACCCUGGCCCUCGCGGUGUCAAGGGUGCUGAGGGCAUCAGAGGUCUUAAAGGCGGUGGAGGAGAAAAGGGAGAGGAUGGUUUUCCAGGUUUCAAGGGUGACAUGGGCAUCAAGGGAGACAAGGGAGAGCUCGGUGUCCUAGGAACCAGAGGUGAAGACGGACCUGAAGGCCCCAAAGGUCGUUCUGGCCCCAACGGAGAGGUUGGCCCCAUCGGGUCGGCUGGAGAGAAGGGUAAACUUGGUGUCCCCGGGUUGCCCGGUUACCCAGGAAGACAAGGACCUAAGGGCUCCAGUGGCUUCCCUGGAUUCCUUGGCUCCAACGGAGAGAAAGGAGGAAGGGGUAUCGCUGGUAAAUCUGGACCCAGAGGACAACGUGGCCCAACGGGUCCCCGUGGUGGAAGAGGUGCCAGAGGACCAACUGGAAAACCAGGUGCUAAGGGAACAUCAGGCAACGACGGACCUCCCGGUGGACCAGGAGAGAGAGGACCUCAAGGACCCCAGGGGCCAGUCGGCUUCCCAGGACCUAAGGGCCCAAACGGGCCCCCUGGUAAAGACGGAAUGCCUGGUCACCCUGGGCAGAGAGGAGAGACAGGUUUCCAGGGAAAGACUGGCCCACCUGGGCCUGGAGGGGUUGUAGGACCUCAGGGACCAACGGGAGAGACCGGCGGCAUCGGAGAGAGAGGACACCCUGGUUCCCCUGGACCCCCCGGAGAGCAAGGUUUACCUGGAGCUGCUGGGAAAGAAGGAGGAAAGGGUGACCCAGGUCCAAUGGGUACGUCUGGGAAGGUUGGCCCAGCCGGGCUCAGGGGCUUCGCUGGACAGAGAGGUCUUCCUGGGGCUAAUGGUCCAGCUGGUUUGAAGGGAGGCGAAGGACCACAGGGUGCCCAAGGCCCCAUCGGUUCUCCUGGAGAACGAGGUGCUGCCGGUCCUGGAGGUCCCAUCGGUCUAUCAGGACGCACUGGACCCCAGGGAGGCCCGGGUCCAGCCGGAGAGAAGGGGGGCCCGGGAGAGAAAGGUCCCAUGGGACCAGCUGGUCGUGACGGUAUCCAAGGUCCAGUUGGUCUUCCUGGCCCUGCAGGCCCCCAGGGGCCCCCUGGAGAGGACGGAGACAAGGGAGAGGUUGGUGAGCCUGGCCAGAAGGGAAGCAAAGCAGACAAGGGUGAACAGGGACCUCCUGGUCCAGGAGGUCUUCAAGGUGUCAUCGGAGCUCCUGGUCCUGCUGGUACUGAUGGUGAGUCAGGACCCAGGGGUCAGCAGGGUAUGUUUGGCCAGAAGGGAGACGAAGGAUCCAGAGGAUUCCCUGGGCUACCUGGGCCCAUUGGACUGCAGGGCCUGCCUGGUACAUCAGGAGAGAAGGGAGAGAACGGGGACGUCGGCCCCAAGGGUCCGCCUGGUCCUCCAGGUCCCAGAGGUCCCCAGGGUUCUAGCGGAGCUGAUGGUGCCCAAGGCCCUCCUGGUGGAGUGGGUUCUAUGGGAGGUAAUGGAGAAAAGGGAGAGAGCGGUGAAGCUGGCAACCCGGGACCAUCUGGAGAGCCCGGUGGUGGAGGCCCCAGAGGAGAGACAGGGGAGAAGGGAGAGUCAGGACCACCUGGAGCUGCUGGACCUGCAGGGGCCCGCGGACCCGGAGGAGACGACGGCCCCAAAGGCAACCCUGGUCCCGUAGGCUUCCCUGGAGACCCUGGUCCCCCUGGAGAGCCUGGAGUUGGUGGAUUGGAUGGCUUGGCUGGAGACAAGGGAGAUGACGGCGAGGCCGGUCAGCCUGGUCCAUCUGGACCUUCUGGAGAAGCCGGGCCUCCAGGACCCCCCGGCAAGAGGGGACCCAUUGGACCAGCCGGUACUGAGGGGAGACAAGGAGAGAAGGGAUCUAAGGGUGAGGCUGGAGCCGAGGGGCCUGAUGGUCAGACUGGACCUGUCGGACCCCAGGGGCCCUCUGGUAAACCCGGACCCGAUGGCCUGCGUGGAAUCCCCGGCCCUGUUGGUGAACAAGGACUUCCGGGUGCCUCUGGAAUGGACGGACCCCCUGGACCUCUGGGACCCCCUGGUCUCGCUGGUCUGAAAGGAACUCCUGGGGGCAAAGGAGAAAAGGGUCACCCAGGUCUGAUUGGUCUGAUUGGGCCGCCUGGUGAGUUCGGAGAGAAGGGAGACAGAGGCCUGCCUGGACCCCAGGGAACUGGUGGAGGCAAAGGAGACACUGGUGUUGGUGGUCCUGCCGGUCCCCUUGGUCCUCCCGGACCUCCUGGUAUUCCUGGACCUGUGGGCUCUAAGGGGUCCAAGGGAUCGUCAGGUGGAGCUGGCCAGAAAGGAGACACUGGUGUGAUUGGACCACCCGGAGCUCCUGGUCCUCCUGGGGACAUCAUCCAGCCGCUGCCCAUCCAGCAGGCGAGCAGGAAGAACAGACGCCAGGCGGAGGACGACGGCGUGCAGGGUGACGAGGCGGGAGGCAUGGCGGACUACGGCAUGGAGACCACAGCGGACGUGGAGGACGUAUUCGGGUCCCUGAAUAACUUGAAGCAGGACAUCGAGAGGAUGAAGUUCCCCAUGGGAACACAGGACAACCCUGCCAGGACCUGUAACGACCUGCACCUCAGCCAGCCUGACUUCCCUAACGGUGAAUACUGGAUCGAUCCUAACCAGGGCUGUACUGGAGACUCCUUCAAGGUCUACUGUAACUUCACCGCUGGAGGAGAGACCUGUAUCUACCCUGACAAGAAGUCCGCAGGCGUCAGAAUAUCUAACUGGCCAAAAGAGGCUCCAGGAUCAUGGUUCAGUGAAUUCAAACGUGGAAAAAUAUUGAACUAUGUGGACAUGGAGGAGAACACCAUCCAGACAGUCCAGAUGACCUUCCUGAAGCUGCUCAGCUCAUCAGCCCGUCAGAAUUUCACCUACAUCUGCCACCAGUCGGUAGCCUGGUACGAUGCCAAGGCAGACGGCUACGACAAGGCUCUACGCUUCCUGGGCUCCAACGACGAGGAGAUGUCCUAUGAUAACAACCCCUUCAUCAAGGCCCUGUCGGACGGAUGCUCGCUGAAGUCGGGCUACUCCAAGACGGUGAUGGAGAUCAACACUCCUCGCGUCGACCAAGUGCCCAUCAUCGACGUCAUGUUUAAUGACUUUGGCGACCCCAGCCAGCGGUUCGGGUUCGAGGUGGGCCCCGUCUGCUUCAUGGGCUAGGACCUGACCAUCCCCUGAACCCCCCUCUGCCCUACCCCCUACAGAACAACAGGCCCCCCCUCUGCCCUACCCCCUAUAGAACAACACCCCCCCCUCCUCUUCCCUACCCCCUAUAGCACAACAUGCCCCCCUCCUCUUCCCUACCCCCUAUAGCACAACAUGCCCCCCCUCCUCUUCCCUACCCCCAAUAGCACAACAUGCCCCCCUCCUCUCCCCUACCCCCUAUAGCACAACAUGACCCCCCUCUGCCCUGUCAUAGAAGCAUUGUCCCAGGGGAAUACUCCUCGCCCUUGUAGGGCCAAUCACA